AUGGGGCUGCCGCAGAGCUGCCUGGUGGCCCUGUGCCUGGCCCUGGCCUCGGCCAGGGGCUCGGAGCUGCGGAAAGAGGGCAGAGCCUGGAGCCACGGUCACAGCGUCUGCAGCACCUGGGGCGACUUCCACUACAAGACCUUCGACGGCGACGUCUUCCGCUUCCCCGGCCUCUGCGACUACAACCUGGCCUCCGACUGCCGCGACGCCUACAAGGAGUUCGCCGUGCACCUGCGGCGCAGCCCCGGCCGCGACGGCGGCCGCCCCCAGGUGGACUACAUCCUGCUGACCGCCAAGGACGACGCCGUCUACCUCACCCGCCAGCUGGUCGUGGUGAACGGGGCCAUGGUCAGCACCCCCCACUACACGCCCGGGCUGCUCAUCGAGAAGAAUGACGCCUACACGAAGGUCUUCUCCCGCGCCGGCCUGACCCUCAUGUGGAACCGGGAGGACUCAGUCAUGCUGGAGCUGGACAGCAAGUUCCGGAACCACACCUGCGGCCUCUGCGGCGACUACAAUGGGCUGCAGUCCUACUCGGAGUUCCUCUCGGACGGUGAGGGCGUGCUGUUCAGCGCCAUCGAGUUCGGGAACUUGCAGAAGAUCAACAAGCCCGAGGUCACGUGCGACGACCCCGAGGAGGAGCCGGCCCCCAAGUCCUGCUCCCAGCAUCGCGCCGAGUGCCAGAGGCUGCUCACGGCCGCGGCCUUCGAGGACUGCCUGGGCCUGCUGCCGCUGGAGGCCUACGUGGCGGCCUGCACCGAGGACCGCUGCCGGUGCCCGGCCGGCGCCUCCUGCGAGUGCAGCACCCUGGCCGAGUUCUCCCGCCAGUGCUCCCACGCCGGCGGGCGCCCGGGGACCUGGAGGACGGCCUCGCUCUGCCCCAAGACCUGCCCUGGGAACAUGGUUUACCUGGAGAGCGGCUCGCCCUGCAUGGACACCUGCUCGCACCUGGAGAUCAGCAGCCUGUGCGAGGAGCACCGCAUGGACGGCUGCUUCUGCCCCGAAGGCACCGUGUAUGACGACAUCGAGGGCCACGGCUGCGUCCCCGUAAGCCAGUGCCACUGCAGGCUGCACGGGCGCUCCUACGCACCCGGCCAGCAGGUCAACAGCAGCUGUGAGCAGUGCGCCUGCCACGCCGGCCGCUGGGUGUGCAAAGACCUGCCGUGCCCCGGGACCUGCUCCCUGGAGGGCGGCUCCCACAUCACCACCUUCGACGGGAAGAAGUACACCUUCCACGGGGACUGCUACUACGUGCUGGCCAAGGCCGACCAGGAAGACGCCUUUGCCCUCCUGGGCGAGCUGGGCCCCUGCGGCUCCACGGACAAGCAGACCUGCCUCAAGACGGUGGUGCUGCUGGCCGACAAGAAGAAGAACGUGGUGGCCUUCAAGUCAGACGGCAGCGUCCUGCUGAACGAGCUGCAGGUGAACCUGCCCCACGUGACAGCGAGCUUCUCCAUCUUCCGGCCAUCCUCCUACCACCUGGUGGUGAGCACAGACUUCGGCCUCCGGCUGCAGGUGCAGCUCGAGCCCGUGAUGCAGCUGUUUGUGACGCUGGACCAGGCCGCCCAGGGCCGCGUGCAGGGCCUCUGCGGCAACUUCAACGGCCAGGAGAGCGAUGACUUCCAGACGGCAGUUGGGCUGGUGGAGGCCACGGGGGCCAGCUUUGCCAACACCUGGAAGGCCCAGUCCAGCUGCCAGGACAAACUGGACUGGCUGGACGACCCUUGCUCCCUCAACAUCGAGACCAACUAUGCCGACCACUGGUGCUCCCUGCUGAAGAAGAAGGAGACGCCCUUCGGCAGGUGCCACUCCGCCGUGGACCCGGCCGAGUACUACAAGAGGUGCAGAUACGACACGUGCAACUGCCAGAACAACGAGGACUGCCUGUGCGCCGCCCUCUCCUCCUACGCCCACGCCUGUGCCGCCCGGGGCCUGCUGCUGUGGGGCUGGCGGGAGCUCGUCUGCAACAAGGACGUGGGCUCCUGCCCCAAGUCGCAGGUCUUCCUGUACAACCUGACCGCCUGCCAGCAGACCUGCCGCUCGCUCUCCGAGGCCGGCAGCCACUGCCUCCAGGGCUUCGCCCCCGUGGACGGCUGCGGCUGCCCCGACCACACCUUUCUGGACGACAAGGGCCACUGCGUGCCCCUGGCCAAGUGCCCCUGCUACCACCAGGGCCUCUACCUGCAGGCCGGCAAGGUGGUCGCCAGGCAGGAGGAGCAGUGUGUCUGCCGGAACGCCAGGCUGCACUGCACCCGGGUCAGGCUGCUCGGCCACCGCUGUGCGGCCCCGAAGAUCCACGUGGAUUGCAACAACCUGACCGCGCUGGCCGUCCGGAACCCCAGGCCCGUCAGCUGCCAGACCCUGGCCGCCGGCUCUUACCAGACGGAGUGCGUCAGCGGCUGCGUGUGCCCUGAGGGGCUGCUGGACGACGGCCGUGGGGGCUGCGUCAAGGAGGAGGCGUGCCCCUGCGUGCACAACCAGGACCUGUACGCCCCCGGGAGCCGCGUGCAAGUGAACUGCAACACCUGCACCUGCCAGAGAGGACACUGGGCCUGCACCCAGACCAGGUGCCACGGCACCUGCACCAUCUACGGCAGUGGGCACUACAUCACCUUCGAUGGGAAGUACUACGACUUCGAUGGGCACUGCUCCUACGUGGCCGCUCAGGACUACUGCGGCCAGAAUGCCUCGCAGGGCUCCUUCAGCAUCAUCACCGAGAACGUCCCCUGUGGCACGACAGGCGUCACCUGCUCCAAGGCCAUCAAGAUCUUCCUGGGGAGGACGGAGCUGAAGCUGGAGGACAAGCAGUACGCCGUGAUCCACCGAGACGAGGGCGCCCACGUGGCCUACACCACGCGGGAGGUGGGCCAGUACCUGGUGGUGGAGGCCAGCACCGGCAUCAUCGUCAUCUGGGACAAGAGGACCACUGUCUUCGUCAAGCUGGCGCCCUCCUACAAGGGCGCCGUAUGCGGCCUGUGCGGGAACUUCGACCAGCGCUCCAACAACGACUUCACCACGCGCGACCACAUGGUGGUGGAGAGCGAGCUGGACUUCGGGAACAGCUGGAAGGAGGCCCCCACCUGCCCGGACGUGACCACCAUCCCUGACGCCUGCACCAAGAACCCCCACCGCCGGGCCUGGGCCGAGAAGCAGUGCAGCAUCAUCAAGGGCCCCGUCUUCCAAGUCUGCCACAGCAAGGUGGACCCCAAACCCUUCUACGAGAACUGCGUCCAGGACUCCUGCUCUUGUGACACCGGCGGGGACUGCGAGUGCUUCUGCUCCGCGGUGGCCUCCUAUGCCCAGGAGUGCACCAAGGAGGGCGCCUGCGUGUUCUGGAGGACUCCGGAGCUGUGCCCCGUGUUCUGUGACUACUACAACCCCCCCGACGAGUGCGAGUGGCACUACGAGCCCUGCGGGAACCGCAGCUUCGAGACCUGCAGGACCAUCAAUGGCAUCCACUCGAACAUCUCCGUGUCCUACCUGGAGGGCUGCUACCCCCGGUGCCCCUCGGACAAGCCCAUCUAUGACGAGGACCUGAAGAAGUGCGUCAAGAAGGAAGAGUGCGGCUGCUACGUGAACGGCACCCACUACCCGCCCGGCGCGUCCGUCCCCCCGGAGAAAAACUGCGAGUCUUGCGUGUGCCACAACAACUCAAAGGUCGUCUGCCAGUUUGAGGAAGGGAAGAUCCUCAACUUCACCCAGAAUGGCGCCUUCUGCUACUGGGAGUGGUGCGUCCCCAACGGCACAGAGAAGCACUUCAACAUCUGCGUGUCCACCUCGACUCGGCCGCCCUCCUCGACGCCCCCCACCACGACUCUUGUCUCCACACCCCCCACCACGACUCCUGUGCUCUCCACCACCACCACCCCCACCCCCACCCCCACGGUGUCCAGCACAGAGCUGUGCUGCUUCUGGUCCGACUGGAUCAACGAGAACCACCCGAGCCCCGGGCCCGAGGGCGGCGACCGAGAGACGUUCCACAGUGUCUGCCAGGCCCCCGAGGACAUCGAGUGCAGGGCGGCCAAGGAGCCCCACCCCAGCUGGGAGGACCUGGACCAGAAGGCCCAGUGCGACGUCUCUGUCGGGUUCGUCUGCAACAACAAAGAUCAGUUUGGAAACGGGCCGUUCGCCCUCUGUUAUGACUACGAGAUUCGUGUCAACUGCUGUCUGCCAAUGGAUGAGUGUCCCGUGUCCUCAACCCCGACGCCGACAACUACCACCACCACCACCACUACCACCACCACCACGACCACCACGACCACGGUGACGACCACCCCGACCCCAGAACCACCGACCACCACCACCACACCCACACCCACGCCAGAACCCACCACCACGGUGACCCCGACCCCAGAACCGACGACCACCACCACCACGACCAUCACCACCACCACGGGGACGACCACCCCGACCCCAGAACCGCCGACCACCACCACCACACCCACACCCACGCCAGAACCCACCACCACUGUGACCCCGACCCCAGAACCGCCGACCACCACCACCACACCCACACCCACGCCAGAAUCCACCACCACUGUGACCCCGACGCCAACACCCACCACGACCACCACCACCACCACCACCACCACCACCACCACCGUGACCCCCACCGCCACCCCGUGUGUGGGAGACUGCCAGUGGACAGGCUGGGUGGAUUCCGGGAAACCGAACUUUAACAAACCGGGUGGGGACUUCGAAUUCAUAGAGAACGUCUGUCAGUCGGGCAGCAUCGCAGCCAACAUCUCCUGCAGAGCCUCCCAGUUCCCCAGUGUCCCCAUCGAGCAGCUGGGACAGACCGUGGUGUGUGACCUCUCAGUUGGGCUGGUGUGCAGAAACGAAGACCAGAAGCCAGGGGGAGUCAUCCCACAGCCCUUCUGCCUCAACUACGAGAUCAACGUCUACUGCUGCAAACCCUGUGGCCCGUCGUCCACCACCACCACGGAAACGACCACGCCAACACCCACCACCACCACCACCACAGAAACGACCACCCCUACUCCGACCACCACAGAAACGACCACGCCAACACCCACCACCACCACCACCACCACGGAGACAACCACCCUGACCCCAGAACCGCCGACCACCACCACCACACCCACACCCACGCCAGAACCCACCACCACUGGGACCCCAACCCCAGAACCGCUGACCACCACCACCACCACCACAAACGACCACCCCUACACCAGAGUCUACCACCACAGUGACCCCCACGCCAACACCCACCACUACCACCACCACGGGGACAACCACCCUGAUCCCAGAAACGACGACCACCCCUACGCCAGAAUCCACCACCACAGUGACCCCCACGCCAUCACCCACCACCACCACCACGGGGACAACCACCCCUAUACCAGAGUCCACCAUCACAGUGACCCCAACGCCAUCACCCACCACCACCACCACCACGGGGACAACCACCCCGAUCCCAGAAACGACGACCACCCCUACGCCAGAAUCCACCACCACAGUGACCCCCACGCCAACACCAACCACCACCACCACGGAGACGACCACCCCUACACCAGAGUCCACCACCACAGUGACCCCAACACCAACACCCACCACCACCACCACGGGGACAACCACGCCAACACCUACCACCACCACCACCACGGAGACGACCACCCCUACACCAGAGUCCACCACCACAGUGACCCCCACGCCAUCACCCACCACCACCACCACCACGGGGACAACCACCCCGAUCCCAGAAACGACAACCACCCCUACGCCAGAAUCCACCACCACAGUGACCCCCACGCCAUCACCCACCACCACCACCACCACGGGGACAACCACCCCGAUCCCAGAAACAACGACCACCCCUACGCCAGAAUCCACCACCACAGUGACCCCAACACCAACACCCACCACCACCACCACGGGGACAACCACGCCAACACCUACCACCACCACCACCACGGAGACGACCACCCCUACACCAGAGUCCACCACCACAGUGACCCCCACGCCCACACCCACCACCACCACCACCACGGGGACAACCACCCCGAUCCCAGAAACGACAACCACCCCUACGCCAGAAUCCACCACCACAGUGACCCCCACGCCAACACCUACCACCACCACCACCACGGAGACGACCACCCCUACACCAGAGUCCACCACCACAGUGACCCCCACGCCAUCACCCACCACCACCACCACCACGGGGACAACCACCCCGAUCCCAGAAACAACGACCACCCCUACGCCAGAAUCCACCACCACAGUGACCCCAACACCAACACCCACCACCACCACCACGGGGACAACCACCCCUACACCAGAGUCCACCACCACAGUGACCCCAACGCCAUCACCCACCACCACCACCACCACGGGGACAACCACCCCAAUCCCAGAAACGACGACCACCCCUACGCCAGAAUCCACCACCACAGUGACCCCAACACCAACACCCACCACUACCACCACGGGGACAACCACGCCAACACCUACCACCACCACCACCACGGAGACGACCACCCCUACACCAGAGUCCACCACCACAGUGACCCCCACGCCAUCACCCACCACCACCACCACCACGGGGACAACCACCCCGAUCCCAGAAACGACAACCACCCCUACGCCAGAAUCCACCACCACAGUGACCCCCACGCCAACACCCACCACCACCACCACGGAGACGACCACCCCUACACCAGAGUCCACCACCACAGUGACCCCCACGCCAUCACCCACCACCACCACCACCACGGGGACAACCACCCCGAUCCCAGAAACGACAACCACCCCUACGCCAGAAUCCACCACCACAGUGACCCCCACGCCAUCACCCACCACCACCACCACCACGGGGACAACCACCCCGAUCCCAGAAACAACGACCACCCCUACGCCAGAAUCCACCACCACAGUGACGCCCACGCCAACACCCACCACCACCACCACGGGGACGACCACCCCUACACCAGAGUCCACCACCACAGUGACCCCAACGCCAUCACCCACCACCACCACCACCACGGGGACAACCACCCCGAUCCCAGAAACGACGACCACCCCUACGCCAGAAUCCACCACCACAGUGACCCCAACACCAACACCCACCACCACCACCACGGGGACAACCACGCCAACACCUACCACCACCACCACCACGGAGACGACCACCCCUACACCAGAGUCCACCACCACAGUGACCCCAACGCCAUCACCCACCACCACCACCACCACGGGGACAACCACGCCAACACCCACCACCACCACCACCACGGAGACGACCACCCCUACACCAGAGUCCACCACCACAAGUCCACCACCACAGUGACCCCAACGCCAUCACCCACCACCACCACCACCACGGGGACAACCACGCCAACACCCACCACCACCACCACCACGGAGACGACCACCCCUACACCAGAGUCCACCACCACAGUGACCCCCACGCCAACACCCACCACCACCACGGGGACAACCACGCCAACACCCACCACCACCACCACCACGGAGACGACCACCCCUACACCAGAGUCCACCACCACAGUGACCCCCACGCCAACACCCACCACCACCACCACGGGGACAACCACCCCUACACCAGAAUCCACCACCACAGUGACCCCCACGCCAACACCCACCACCACCACCACGGAGACGACCACCCCUACACCAGAAUCCACCACCACAGUGACCCCCACGCCAACACCCACCACCACCACCACGGAGACGACCACCCCUACACCAGAGUCCACCACCACAGUGACCCCAACACCAACACCCACCACCACCACCACCACUACUGAGAUACCACCUACCACCACACCCACCACCACCACGGAGAUACCAUCCACCACCACACCCAGCACCACCAGCACUGAGGUACCACCAUCCACCUCUACACCUACCUCGACCACUACUGAGACACCACCCACCACCACCCCCACCACUACUGAGACACCACCCACCACCACACCCACCAUCACCACCAGCACUUCAGUCAGUGUGUCCACCCCGACGCCAAUCCCGACUUCUACUCUAACCACUGGUAGUAUUACAUUAUGCUGCGAAUUGAAUGGCACGUACUAUCUCCCAGGUGAGAUGGUGUACAACGUCACUUACGGAGACACCUGCUACUAUGCCAACUGCUCGGUGAGCUGCACCAUCGAGACCUUCAACUGGUCGUGCCCAUCCACACCAACCCCCAAGCCCCCACCAUCCACGCCGACGCCCUCCUCCACGCCCAGUCCGCCCACGCCCACGACGUCACGCACGCCGACCCCCACCAAGCCCCCAGGGUGCCCGGACUUCGACCCUCCCAGACAGGAGAACGAGACGUGGUGGCUCUGCAACUGCACCAUGGCCGUGUGCAAGCACGACCACACCGUGGAGCUGGUGCAGGUGGAGUGCAAGCCCCCGCCCAUGCCCACCUGCUCCAACAACCUCACGCCCGUGCGCGUCAUGGACCCCGACGGCUGCUGCUGGCACUGGGAGUGUGACUGCUACUGCACGGGCUGGGGGGACCCGCACUACGUGACCUUCGACGGGCUCUACUACAGCUACCAGGGCAACUGCACCUACGUGCUGGUGGAGGAGGUCACCCCCAACGUGGACAACUUCGGGGUCUACAUCGACAACUACCACUGUGACGUCAACGACCGGGUGUCCUGCCCCCGCACGCUCAUCGUGCGCCACGAGACCCAGGAGGUGCUGAUCAGGACGGUGCACAUGACGCCCGUGAAGGCGCAGGUGCAGGUCAACAAGCAGGCCGUGGCCCUGCCCUACAAGAAGUUCGGGCUGCAGGUGUACGAGUCGGGCAUCAACUACGUGGUGGACAUCCCCGAACUGGGCGCCGUCAUCACUUACAACGGCCUCUCCUUCUCCAUCCGGCUGCCCUACUACCGCUUCGGCAACAACACCAAGGGCCAGUGUGGCACCUGCAACAACAACACGCAGGACGACUGCGUGCUGCCCAACGGCGAGGUCAUCUCCAACUGCGAGGUCUCAGCCGACCAGUGGGUGGUGAACGACCCGUCCAAGCCGCACUGUCCCCACACCAGCCUCACCACCCGGCGCCCGGCCACCACGCCCGCAGGGGGCAGCUUGGUCACCCCGCACAAGAACUGCUCGUCUCCUCUCUGCGAGCUCAUCAAGGACAGCCUGUUUGCCCCGUGCCACGCUCUGGUGCCCCCCCAGCACUACUACGAAGCCUGCAUGUUUGACACCUGCUUUAUGCCCAACUCGGGCAUGGAGUGCGUCAGCCUGCAGACCUACGCCGCCCUCUGCGCCCAGCAGGGCGCCUGCAUCGACUGGCGGAACCACACCCACGGGGCCUGCCCGCUGGCGUGCCCGUCCCACAGGGAGUACCGUGCCUGCGGGCCUGUGCAGGAGCCCACCUGCAAGUCCAGCUGCCCGCAGAACAGCACCCUGCUGAUGGAAGGCUGCUUCUGUCCCGAGGGCACCAUGAGCUACGCCCCCGGCGUCGACGUCUGCGUGAGCGUGUGUGGCUGCGUGGGACCCGACAACGUGCCCAGAGAGUUCGGGGAGCACUUCGAGUUCGACUGCAAGGACUGCGUCUGCCUGGAGGGCGGGAGCGGCAUCGUCUGUCAGCCCAAGAAGUGCAACCAGAAGCCGCCCACCCAGUGCUCCGAGGAUGGCACCUACCUGGUCACCGAAGUGGACCCGUCGGACACCUGCUGCAACAUCACCUCCUGCAAGUGCAACACCAGCCUGUGCAAGGAGAAGCCCCCGCAGUGCCCGCUGGGCUUCGAGGUGAAGGGCGAGCUGCUGCCGGGGCGGUGCUGCCCCUUCUACUCCUGCGCACCCAAGGGCGUGUGCGUUGUCGCCAACGCCGAGUACCAGCCCGGCUCGCCAGUGUACUCCUCCAAGUGCCAGCGGUGCGUCUGCACCAACCUCACGGACAGCGCCACGCAGCUCAAGAAGGUGUCCUGCAGCCACGUGCCCUGCAACCGAGUCUGCAGCCCAGGCUUCGAGCUGGUGAACGUCUCGGGCGAGUGCUGCCCCCGGUGUGAGCAGACCCAGUGCAUCAUCAACAAGCCCGGCCAGGAGCAGCCCCUCAUCCUGAAGCCCGGGGACUUCGUGAACGACCCCAGGAACAACUGCACGAUCUACAGCUGCAUGAAGAUCCACAACCAGCUGAUCUCGUCUGUGUCCAACAUCACCUGCCCCGACUUCGACCCCACAGACUGCCUCCCGGGCUCCAUCACCCUCAUGCCCAAUGGCUGCUGCAAGAAAUGCAUCCCUCGCAAUGAGACCAGGAUCCCCUGCACCACCGUCCCUGUCACCCGGGAGAUUUCAGAUGGCGGCUGCACCGCGAGGGUCUCCAUGAAUUACUGCACUGGUUCCUGUGGAACCUUCUCCAUGUACUCGGAGGAGGCGCAGGCCCUGGACCGCCAGUGCUCCUGCUGCAAGGAGGAGCGCACCAGCCAGCGCCAGGCGCAGCUGCUCUGCCCGGACGGCAGCUGGCGCACACACACCUACACCCACAUCGAGAGCUGCCUGUGCCAGGACAGCGUGUGUGGGCCCCUGCCCGCCCGGCAUGGGGGAUCUGGCCGCACCCGGCGCUCCCGGAGGGGCUGA